CUUAACCUUUACCUUUACCCUAACAAUUCAUUCAAUCCUCUUCUCUAAUCGUCUCAAAUCCGCGCCUUUUUUGUUUGCUUCGAUUCUUCUGUUUCUCAGAGUUCUUGCUGUUUUUGUUGCUGUUGUUCAUGGCGUCCGCUGCUACUGCUGGGAUCCUCGGCCGGAAUGCUUCGUCCUCCUCCUCGUGGAUUCGCCAGAGGAAUCGGCAGAAGAACGAUCGGACUUCCAGGAAUAGCCUUAGGGUUUCCUGUUCUUCUUCUUCUUCUUCGUAUUUGACGGAUCCUUAUCAGACUCUUCGGAUUCAGCCUGGCGCCUCGGAAUCCGAGGUCAAAAAGGCCUUCCGACGCCUCGCUCUUCAGUAUCAUCCAGACGUUUGCAGAGGAAGCAACUGCGGCGUGCAGUUUCAUCAAAUCAACGAAGCUUACGAUAUGGUGAUGAAUAAUUUAAGAGGCAUAUCGACGCCAAUAGAGACCUACGACGAGUCGUACGCCGAGGAGCCGAUGAGGGGAAUGGAGGAUCCAGAUUGGGACAUGUGGGAGGAGUGGAUGGGUUGGGAAGGAGCUGGAAUUCGGGACUAUUCAUCACACAUAAAUCCGUACAUCUGAAGAAAUUUGGAACAUAAUUUGUUAAUAGAAUUGGUCCAUAAUCUAUCAACGUCCAAAUGAAUUGAAAUGAUGGUUGUUUUGUUGUAUAUAGAAUGGAGAAGAGGGAAAGUUUGAAAAGAAAAACCUCUUGUCCAAUUUCUCUCCCCUUUUUUUCAAGUGUUUUUUUUUUAAUUUUUUGUACAUAAUAAUGUCAAGAGAAGAGGGGUUUGACAGUUUGGCCCCCUUGGCUUUUAAUAAUAUUUGAGAAGGCGUUUCAACUUUCUUUCAAA